UCAGCAUCGAAAUCUAACACGGCCAUGCCUGACUCUGCACUCACCCUAGCGAUCAAGAUGGCUUCGUUUGCGUGGCCCACAGGAUCCACCAUGAAUGGGGUGGAAUUUUAUGUUUUUUUUUGUAUUUUUUUUUCCCCCGCUGACUGGGCACCUGUCCUCUCACAUAUGGCGUUCUGAUGACCCCUCCCCGUAUCCCGCUGGCGCCAACCAGCCUGCCUCCCCCGCGGUGCCUGCCUGAGCUGCCUGCCAGCGUCGUCUUGGCGGCCGUGGCCAACCUGCGCGCAAUCUACUGCCCCUUGGCCCCGUCGGCCGCCGACAUCUACCGUCGCCAUGACAGACCACCGCCGCCACAGGCAGACUCGGGCUACACGUCCGGCAACGAAGAUGGCGUCCUGGGCAAGCACGAAGCCGCGCUCGAGAGCCUGCGCGCCGACGCCCUGGAGCGCAACGUUGCCUUUCGCUGGCUGAGCACCGUGGUCCUACGCGCCGACGAGCUGCAGGCCACCGACGACGAGCGCGACCAGCUAGUCGACGAGGCCUCGGUUGUCAUUGCUGCGUUGACCGUGACUGGCCCAGAAGCCGCAGACAAGUGCGCCGACUGCGACGACGGCGGCAUCACGCGCGACUUCUCCUUCCCCGUCGCGCCCAAGCUCGACGCGCCGCCCGUGCGCGUGUGCCUCUUUGACGCAGACCCGUCUGGACCCGACCACCUCAAUGUCGGCCUGCAGAGCUGGGGCGCCUCCAUCGUCUUCUCGGCCCUGGCCUGCGCCGCCCUGGCCUGCGCCGCCCCGGCCCGCUUGGGCCUGACGAGAGCCGCACUCGGGCCAUCACCCUGCGUCGUCGAGCUCAGCGCCGGCACUAGCCUCGUGGGUCUUGUGCUAGGUGCCCUGCUGCCCCGUCUCGGCAUCGACGCCACCGUGGUCGCGACCGACUACCACCCGGCCGUGCUCGCCAACCUCGCCUCCAACGUGGCCGCGAACCAGGGCACAGGCGUCAAGACUUGCAUGCUCCUCGCGGCGACUUUUUGCUCGUGGCCACUGUUCGAGGGCAUCAGCGAUACGGUGGAGAUGGCAUUUGACGGUGGUUCGGACCAGCGCUUCAUAAUACAGCACACGGAGAUGCUUCCCAAACAAAAGGGCGUGGGACGGGGAGACGAGGACGGCUACAAACUGUUCAAGAUUGGAUGGGCCGCGGGCUGCGGACAACGAUAG